UUUUUUUUUUUACGUCGGACGUGGUACACGUCUCAGUUGAUAACAUACUUUUCGAAGUCGAACUAGUGUCAGUGAGUCUGACGACGCAAAAACAACUUUCUUUUGAUAACUAGCUGUGACAGUCCGUCACAGUGAGUCACACUCAGUCCUAAUCUGGAUGCUCAUAUUUUGUUCCGAAAAUAUUCAGCUACCAUCAGGUGGCGCAAAGGAAUAGAUGUGACGAUUUUUUAAGUAUUAAUCGUUUAUUUAUUUACAUCACAAACGACCAUCUCCCAAAAGGACACAAACUGUAGGACAGCAACCGUUAGUUCUGUUAAAUCCCCGAAAAGUGAAUCCAGAAGUCUUACGUUUGCGACAGAGGAAGAGUUGUCCGAAGGAAAUGGAAUAACGUAAAUAGCGUAAUGAAGCGGAGUUUUGGCUGAUUAAAGAGACGGACCCUCGUCCUGCUGAGGAUUCGAAAACGUUGCUAGAUCUUGGCAUCAUCUGACACACCUUUUACGCCGUUAAUUUGAGAGAAGAAUGGAGUUCGCAGAGAGAAGGAGGAGCAGAAAAUCUCAGAGCUUUAAACUGAUAAAUGAUCAAGAAUUUGAAUCUGAGUGCUUUGACAGUGAUGUCAAUAGCGCUGUAAAUGGGGAAUCAAAAGAAGGUGUGCCUGAAGCCUGGCUUGAGGAUGAAGGAAAGGAAAUAAAAAGACAGAUCACUGGUAUGAUGCGCGUGCUAAAUGACAAAGCAGGCCGGGUAUAUCAACGGGUGGGGAGAGAAGGGGAAAACUUGAAACAGGAACCCCAAGAUGAGCUUCUGAGCUGGGCCUCAACAGCUGAUCUAGAGCCUGAGGUACCCCAGCACAGUUCCUGGACCUGCAGUCCCCAACCCAGCAACCACCCCACUUCUGGCCAAUACAGCACUCGGUCCAAAACCCAGAAGGUGCUCAACCGGACCAAAGAUCUGAGUAACUCCAAUGACAUGGCACUCCCUCAACCUUAUGUAGUCACGACGACAAAGUCCAGCUGCUGCAUGUGUAACUGCAAGACCACUCUGCAGGCCAUCCUGCUUGAACUCCGCUCCAUGAGGAAAAUGAUGCAGACACAAAAAGGAACUCAGGAGAAGCAGGUUGCCCUGAGCAACACUUGCUCUGCCCGUUGCCCUGUAACCAGGAAGAGAGCCCGCAAGAGGAGGCCAGUGCACAGGGUGGCACCGCUAACCAAACCCGUGAACGGAGCUGCACCCUCAUCACAACCCCCUACAAGCCCUCUGCCUCACUCAUCCGAACACAGAGAGAGGACUGUUUCAGCCCCAUUGGCUCCUGCUCUUUCUAGCCCUGCCUCCACCUCUGUGACCCCACCCAUUUCACACUACAGUCCAAUCACAGGGCCAAAUUCAGCUGAGCCCGAGGUUCAGCUGGCAGACGACUAUGAUGUCUUCAUUCCCAAGUCCCAGCUGGACUCCAUCCUGGUCAACUACACUCGCUCUGGGAGCCUGCUCUUCAGGAAGCUGGUGUGCGCCUUCUUCGACGACACUACUCUGGCCAACUCCUUACCCAAUGGGAAGAGAAAGAGGGGCCUGAAUGACCACAGAAAGGGGCUCGAUCAGAACAUAGUAGGUGCCAUCAAAGUUUUCACAGAGAAGUACUGCACAGCAAACAGAAUUGAGAAGCUUCCAGGAGCCAGGGACUGGGUCCAGAUCCUACAGGACCAGAUCAAACUGGCUCGAAGGAGAUUAAAAAGAGCAGAGACAGCUGCAGAUGCUGAGGAGACCCGCAACAGGCCACCUUCUCACACCACAGUAGAAUCUCCUGAGGUCUCUACUCAACAGAAGAAUGACCAUCAUGGACAGACAGGUCAGUGAGGCCACCUGCAUAGACUACAUGCGAACAUGUGGUGACUGUGGAAAGCCAGACAGUGUUUUUGCAAUGGAAAUGGUGUCAUAAAUGCUCCAGACUAAAAUCACAAGUUCGGUCAAAGGAGUUUGCCUGUGCAGGGGAUAUCACAUUCAGACUCCUGCAGAAGGCAUUACAUUUGUCUAAGGAACCGUACCAGGUUCAUGGUCCAUGGUCCUCUCCCUCUUCUCUGAAACACAUUAAGGAUGCAGUGUCAUCCUUUUAACACAGAAGUGAUUUGUUUGGUUGAUCAGACAUGCCAUCUUUGGACUCGAUGUCUGUCCAAUUGCCUUGUAAUUUGACCUAUAGGAACCAAAGAGCCCAAAUAACCACACAGACCAGUGUUGCCAUUUAAUGACCAUUCUAGACACCACGGUUGUUAUUCAGACACCAACAUAGUUGUCUCAUAAAUACCUAGUUAAACCCAUACCAAACACCUAAUCCAAGGUAAUUGACUGUGAUGAGUGCCAUCUAAUCUGUCAUUCUUAACACUACCUCUGUGUAUUUUGUUUGAGAGUAUGUUUGAAAUAACAUCCUAUUUUUUAAACCUCAGAAACUGUAUAGUGACAAAAUGGUCAAUAUUGAGUGAAAAAAAAAUUGUGGUGUGUCUGAUGUUACCGAACCUGUAAGAUGUUUUCAGUAUCUAUGAAAAAACAGCCAAACUUCUCUCUCAGAGACUGGCUUCUACAUGUUGACCCAGUCAAGCUAAUAUUAAAUGUCUUGAUGUCGUCAUCACAAUGAGAAUGAUUUUUGUGAGAUGCUCAGUGGUGACAACGUGGCUGUUUGUUAAAGGUAAGGUCCUUGAUCCUGGUGGAAGGUUGUUGAUAUUUGAAAAAUGCAACCCUCGUUUCCAUUCUCCUCAAGCAAUGUUGGAGUGUGAGUGCCCGUUGUUGUUGAUUGGCUGUAUUUUGUGUAUGGCUCAGUCCGAGACAUGUGUUUCUUUCCUAUUUACCGAGCCAGGCAGUGCACGAAUACUGGAGUUUUGUUUUUUUGAGUGCACACACUGGAUGGACAGCUAGAGGAACGUGAGGAGAAUUGAGCUGAAUUUAAGUAAAAGAGUAAUGAAUUAUAAUUAAGGACAGCGCUUUUAAAUGAAUUAAUUGAAUCUAACUAAUCUAAUAAUGUGCACAAAACGUAUUUUGUGGUUUCACUCUGCUUUUUCUGUGAAAUAUUUUUGAGCUCUUACAUCAUGUAAGAAUUGUAAUGAUUUCAGUAUUUGUAGGCAACAGUAUUUGUCCAGAAAAGUAAAUGCACUUCAUGCUCUAGAGUCUAAAUAAAAAGUGAUAAAAUGCAAUAUGUUAAUGUUGGAUUAAAGGUAAAAUAAAAUGAUAUGACUGUC